GAGGUGAGAGGACCUAGCGGGGGCCUCCAGCCCUCGAUGCUGCCCCCGGGUCAGGCAGCCAGGCGGCGCGUGGUUCCCUGGGCACAGAGGCUGGCGUGGGGGCCACUGGCCAUGGCCAUGGUCACCUUCCUGACCAAGGAGGCCCAGCAGCUGCUGCACAACAAGUUCGUGGUGAUUCUGGGUGAUUCCAUCCAGCGGUCGGUGUACAAGGACCUGGUGCUGCUUCUGCAGAAGGACGAGCUGCUCAGCAGCUCUCAGCUCCGAGACAAGGGAGAGCUGAGCUUCGAGCAGGACUGCCUGGUGGAGGGAGGACAGCUGGACAAGCUGCACAACGGCACGCGGUACCGGGAGGUGCGGCAGUACCGCACUGGCCACCACCUCGUGCGCUUCUACUUCCUCACGCGCAUCUACUCCGACUACCUGGAGAGCAUCCUGGCUGACUUCCAGGCCGGGCCCCAGCCCGACCUCGUCAUCAUCAACUCCUGCAUCUGGGAUGUCAGCAGGUACGGCUCCAGCUCCAUGAAGCAGUACCGCCUGAACCUGGAGCGCGCCUUCGUCCGCCUCGCCAAGGUGCUGCCCCCCAGCUGCCUGCUCAUCUGGAACAUGGCCCUGCCGCUCGGGCGCCGUGUCUCCGGGGGCUUCCUUGUCCCAGAGGUUCAGCACCUGUCCCUGAGGCUGCGGGAAGACGUGAUCGAGGGCAACUUCUACAGUGCAAUGGCGGCGGGCGGAUGCGGCUUCGACGUGCUGGACCUGUACUAUCACUUCCGCUUUGCCACGCCCCACCGCCAGCGUGACGGCAUCCACUGGAACAGCCACGUGCACCGGUGGCUCUCCCACCUGCUGCUCACCCACGUGGCUGACGCCUGGGGCGUCCGCGUCCCCGACAAGACGCGGCGGCUGCGUUCCUUCCAAGACAAUCACCCGGCACCGGACGCCUGGGCCAGCUCCUCCUGGGAGCCCUGGGCAGCUCCCUCCCGUCCCUGGGCGCCAGAGACCCCUCUGCACCCCCCAGGCCUCCGGUGGGAGGAUGAAGCCCAGGCUCCCUAUGGGCCCCCAGCAGGUGCCUGCCUGCCCCACCCUGCUGCUGAGAGCAGCCCCUUCCACGAGGACACCCCGCUGCUGCCCGGCCCCUCCAGCUCCGGUGCCUUCUGCUCUGGCUACAUCAGCUUUGACCACAGAGGUGCCCUGGGUUCCUUCCAGGACAAUUACCCGGCGCCGGACGCCUGGGCCGGCUUCUCCCAGGAGCCCUGGGCAGCAUCGGCCCGCCCUUGGGUGCCUGAGACCCCUCGCCCCCCACCAAGCCGCCGGUGGGAGGAUGAGGCCCAUGCUUCCUAUGGGCUCCCAGCAGGCCCCUGCCCGCCUCCCCUGCUUGCUGCCGAGAGCAGCCUCUUCCACGAGGACACCCCACUGCUGCCUGGCCUCUCCAACUCCGGCUACAUCAGCUUCGACCGCAGCGGUGCCCCAGGUGCUGCCUGUGCCACCCCCGGGCUCCUCCGUGUGCCCUACCCUCUGGGCCGCCCAGGCCGUGCCCGCCACCACGUCAGGCGCCGCCAGCCCUUGGCCCGGACGCUCGGGGCCCCCUAUAGCCGCCCCCUGCCUUCCCACCCCCACCGCUACUGGGGGUCCCCCCACCCCUCCAGAGUCUCAGGGUCCCAGCUCUGUGCGGGCCAGGCGUGACCCCGUGUGCACACUACAGGGCCAUGUGCAAUGCUCCG